AUGCUACUGUCCAUGGCAAUUUCAUCUGUACCUUUUCUUCCUUCAUUUAUCUCUUCUACUUCUCCACUAUCCUUUUCACUUUCACCUUCUACUACGAAAACUCUCCGAAAUACUUCCUUCAAAAUCAAAAGCCUUAAAACCGAAAGAGAACCGUCUUCAUCCGAGCCAAAUCCAGGUUUCGAUCCUAAAUCUGGUGUAUCCGUUUACAAACCUAAAUCCUAUCAAGUUCUCGCCAAUGACGCUGCUAAUUCCCUCGCUUACGCUCUUCAAGACGGAAAACUUCGACUCGAGAUCGAUUUCCCGCCUUUGCCCAGCGACGUUUCUUCAUAUAAGGGAUCUUCAGAUGAUUUCAUCGAUGCCAACAUUCAACUUGUCUUGGCUGUUGUAAAAAAGCUCCAGGAGAAAAAAGAGUCCACAACUUGUAUAGUAUUCCCUGAUAAGCCAGAAAAGCUCCGAGCCUCUAAGUUGUUCAAAGCAGCUCUUGAUUCGGUUGAUGGCAUUACUAUAGGUUCAUUAGAUGAUGUCCCCGCAGGACCUAUGGCUUCAUUUUUCCGAUCUGUUAGGAACACCCUUGAUUUUGACUUUGAAGAUGAGAAUGAAGGUCGAUGGCAAUCUAGUGAGCCUCCAUCACUCUAUAUAUUCAUUAACUGCAGUACACGUGAACUUGGUUAUAUUGAGAAGUAUGUGGAAAAAUUUGCUCCAUCAACACCAACACUUUUAUUUAAUCUUGAGCUAGAUACACUGCGUGCUGAUUUAGGCAUUCUAGGAUUCCCAACCAAAGAUUUGCACUACCGCUUUCUUUCUCAAUUCACUCCCGUGUUCUACAUUCGGAUCAGAGAUUAUUCAAAGACAGUUGCAGUAGCACCUUAUAUUGUCAAUUACAGUGGAGCUGUGUUCCGCCAGUACCCUGGUCCCUGGCAGGUGAUGCUUAAACAACCUGAUGGUUCUUUUGCUUGUAUAGCAGAAAGUGCAACCCGCUUCACCCUUGGUGAAGCAAAAGAAGAACUUUUGAGGGUUCUGGGACUUCAAGAAGAGGAGGGAAGCUCUCUAGAAUUUCUACGAAGAGGCUAUAAGUCAAGUACGUGGUGGGAAGAAGAUUUUGAUUUGGAAGCAUCUUCUGCAUGGCGCAGCUGA